AUGAAAGGACUAUAUAAAUUCAAACUAAAUGACAAGAAAGGAAACUAUCUCUUUCUAAAGGAACAGCAAUAGAGUUAGUUCCUUUUCUUAAGGGAAAAAUAAAGGAAACAACAAUAACUUGAAAGGAUUCAAUACAGAUUUAUAAGAGUAUAAAAUUAGUCAUCAAAAAUUUAUAAGAAAGUAGAUAUAGAAUCAUUAUAAUAAACUUCGCAUUUAAUGGAAUUCUUGUUUAUCGAUCUUUUUACUUUUUAAUUUCAACCUAUUAUAAAUUCCUAUAAAACUCUUUAGAGUUCAUUUACAGAAUAACAUACAUUUAAAUUGUUAAACAAUUAAAUGAUGGAAAUAUGA